GUGCGCAUGCGCGAGCUCCAGCUGUGAGCGCCGCGGGGCAGCAGGUGGUGGUACCCGGGCCUGGCGCGGGCCGUCGCCAUGGCAGCGCAGGCCACGUGGUGAGGGGUCCGCCCACCACUGGCCGCUCCGGUAUCUCACAGCCUCAGGUUGGGAUCGCGAGACCCCGCCCGCCUGGGCGACUUCCUAGGGCCGGCGCUGGGCUGGGCAGGGCCCCAGCUCCUAGACCUUUCGGGCCUCACCAGCCCGGCGAGCGCCCUGUACGGCCCGCCAGGCAGUGAUGAAGGUUCUUUUGCUGAAGGACACGAAGGAGGAGGGUGGCCAGGACCCCUAUGUCAGGGCAGCCUGGCCAACCCAGAGCCUGUUCUUUCGUCUGCAGGAGUUAGGAUUGCACGGACUGGAAGCCACUUUGAUCCCUGUUUUGUCAUUUGAGUUUCUGUCUCUUCCCACUCUGUCAGAGAAGCUGUCGCGUCCGGAAGGCUACGGAGGGCUCAUUUUCACCAGCCCCAGGGCAGUGGAAGCGGUGGAGCUGAGCCUGGAGCAGGACGGGAAAAGCGAAGGUGAGGGCAGGAUUCCUCCCGUUGGCGAUACUGGAUUCCAAAAAUCAGUCUGGAAAAAGUCUCUGAGAGAAACAUGGAACGCUAAGCCGGUGUAUGUGGUUGGAAAUGCCACGGCCUCUCUAGUGAAGAAACUUGGCCUGGAAGCCGAAGGAGAAAGCAGUGGGAACGCCGAGAAGCUCGCAGAAUAUGUCUGUUCCAGGGAGCCGCCUGCCCUGCCUCUGCUGUUUCCCUGUGGAGCCCUCAGGGGAGAAGCGCUGCCGCAGAUGCUCAAGGACAAAGGGAUUCCCAUGGAAAGCAUCAUUGUCUAUCGGAAGAUCCCCCACCCAGGAAUCCAAGUGAACCUGGACAGCUACUACUCCAAGCAGGGCAUCCCGGCCAGCAUCGCCUUUUUCAGCCCCUCCGGCCUCACCUACAGCCUCACGCACAUCCGGGAGCUCUCUGGAGGCCGCGUCGAGCAAAUCAAGUUCGCAGCCAUCGGCCCCACCACCGCGCGCGCCCUGGCCGCCCAGGCCCUGCCCGUGAGCUGCACUGCCGAGAGCCCCACACCCCAAGCCCUGGCCGCAGGCAUCCGGACAGCGCUCCAGCCUCACAGCAGCUGAGGCGGCCAGCCCGGCCUUCCUGUGGGCCGAGGACAACGGGGGCUGCCUGCAUGGGUGAGGACCCCCCCAGCGCCUCCUCGUGCCCGGAGGAACCACCGGCACCAGCGAUCAGGAGGGGACCUGGGCUGGCGGCCGGCCCGUGCACGUCACUUUCCUCCACCAAGGCCCCUCGGACCCUCCCCCAGCGCCUGCUGGCUCGCAGGCCCGUCAGAGCGCUUCCUCCAGCAGCAGGAAGACAUCCCAGAAACCACACUGGCCCCCCGUGGGACUGGGCGGGGCUGGCUGUGCAGCUUCCAGGGCAGGUGGUGUCUGGGGGAGGAUGGAUGUGCCCACGUCUGAACCAACACGCCUGUGUGCGCGAAGUCUGCUGUGUGUGAAGUCGUUCUGUUCAUCCUAUGAAAAGGGCCUCAGUGCCGCCUGGGAGCGGGAAAUGGUCAAACACAGAGCCUUCCUUCAAAAGCGGAAGCGCAGCCUAGUCCACCAGGCAGGGGCCCCGCCCGCCUCCGUUUCCUGGAAUCAGAUGUAAGAGCUGGAGCUCCAGCAGCCCUUUGGGGCCUGGGUGACCUUGAGAAAGGAGGCUCGGUACGGCAAGGGGACACGUGGAUACUAACUAGCCUGCCCUGGACUUCCUGAAUAGAAGAGAAAUGCCAACUCCUGCUUUGUUUAAA